GACGAAGAGCACCGAGCGCAGCCGGAGAGAUCCGAGAGUGAACGGAGAGAGCCGAGCGUCCCCGAAGCAGGGACGGGCGAGGCCAAAAAGCGCUGAGCGCUGCAGGAGAGUCCCGAGCAGUGCCGGAACGGCCCGAGCCCGCUCCGAGCGGAGCCGAAAAGUGUCGAAGAGGGACGGGGCAGCCCGAGGGGCGCGCGCGCGCCCCCCGGCGGAGACGACAGGAUCACGUGACCCCGCCCCUCAGUCCCGUUCCCGAUGCCGGGGCACCCCGGGACCCGGGCACCGGCACCCCGGGCACCGGCACCGCGCCGGCACAGCCCGCGACACGGCCGCGCUGCCACACACACCGAGCCCGCCGCGACUCAACUGCAGCGCCCCCUCCCACUGCCUCGGUGCCUCCCGGUGGUGCUCCCAGGGAUCCGGGCGGGCUGGCGCUGGGAUCCCCAUCCCAGCCAUGCUCCUGGGGCAGCCCAGUGGCGGCCAGCCCCACAGAUGAGCCAUGGGAACCCGGCAGGAUGAAAUGGGGGUCCAGGAGGUAUGAGGAGUGGGAACUGAGCAGGGACGGUGACAUUGUCCCGGUGGGACGAGCCAGUGGAAUGCGCUGGGGUCCCAGUGGGUUAGCUGUGGUAUCCUAGUGGGAUGAACCAUGGAGUCCCAGUGGGAUGAACUAUGGGGUUGCAGUGGGAUGACCUGUGGAUCCUAGUGGGAUGAGCUGUGGGGUCCCAGUGGGAUGAGCUGUCGGAUCCCAGUGGGAUGAGCUGUGGGAUCCCAGUGGGAUGAGCUGUGGGAUCCCAGUGGGAUGAGCUGUGGAUCCCAGUGGGAUGAGCUGUGGGGCCCCUGGAGCGAGCAGUGGGCCCCAGCACGCAGGGUGCCCGGUGCAGGCGGUGCGUGGGGCAGGAAGCAGCGUGCUGCGGAAGCCGGCAGCCCUGGCUGAGGCUGUUCGCAUGCGUCCCCGGUCAGCAGCCCCCAUGGCGGCUCCCGGCACCUUCCUCGUGCCUGUCCUCCUCCUCCUCCUCUGUGGGCCGGGUCCCUACCCUGCCGCUGCCGACAGCCACCCAGGAGUGAUGUGUGUCCUCUUCAAUGAGGAGUACAUGAACUGCACGUGGGGGAACAAAGAGAUGCCCACAGUCAACUACUCCCUCUUCUACUGGUACAAGAACACGUCUGACAAGGAGGUGGAGUGCAAGCACUACCUGCACCACCAGGGUGUCAGGGUCGGCUGCCACUUCAAGCAGGACGAGCUCAUCCAGUUCCAGCCUUUCCACGUUCUCAUCAAUGCCAGCGUCGGUGGCAAGACCCUGGAGAUCCCCAGCGAGCGCAUGGAGCUGCAGGACCUGGUGAAACCAGAGGCGCCUGUCAACCUGACCAUCCACAACAUGAGCAACAAUCAGCUGCAGCUGACCUGGGCCUCCCCGUACCCCAGAAACAAGUGCCUGGAGCACGCUGUCAAGUACAAGAGCAACAAGGACACCAGCUGGACGGAGCUCUCGGUGAAUGGAGAUGUCUUCUCCUUGCCCAGCGUGGACUAUGAGAAGUCCUACACCUUCUACGUGCGCAGCAAAAUCAACAAAUUCUGUGGCAGAACCCAGUUCUGGAGCGAGUGGAGCAUUCCUGUCAUCUGGGGCAGCAACUCCACCAGCAAGGGCACGGUGGAGGAGCAGCUGUACUGGUUUGGGAUCCGCACGGUCUUGGUGCCCAUUGCCUCCUGUGUGCUGCUGCUGGUCCUUGUCAUCCUGCUGGUGCGCAUGGAAAGGGUAUGGGUCAUCCUGAUGCCCCGAAUUCCCAACCCCAGCAAGAAUUUUGAUGAGCUGUUCAUCACCCACAACGGCAAUUUCCAGGAAUGGACUGGAGUCCCCAAAGAUGUUGUGGAAAGCUUCAAGCCCAACUACAGCGAGAACAUCUGCUAUGUGACUGAGCUGCCACCCAAGGACAGCCACGAGCCCCUCUGGGACAGCAGCAACCACGCACCACCUCCAAUGCCUGGGCCCCCAGCCGCCCCCAGUGAGCACAGCCCCUACCAGAACAGCUAUGGGAGGCUGUGACACGCUCCUGCACCCCUGCAUGCCCCAUUCUCCACAGCUUUGCUGCCCAAACCUUACUGCUCCUCAGGCCCUGCUCCUGCCAUGCCUCUGCCAAAUGCUCUGGAUCCCAGUCCUGCUUCCUGCCAAGUGCCCUCCCUGCUCCGAGGUGCCCACAAGCACAGCCAGGGAUGUGUCCUGCUGAGUGGGCAGCUGCAGCUGGGCAGGCAGGGGCCACUACCCAACUGAUGGGGACACACAGGAUGAGGAGUCCCAGGGGGCCCAAGUGUGGAAAAAUAAGGAAAGAUAGGCAAGAAAGAUUGUAAACAUGCUCAAGUGCCUUGCAGCUGAUGUAGGAAAAACACAUAUACCAUACUCAUGUUGUUUAGCUUCGUGUAUCCAGUAAGUAGAACUUGUGUGUUUAGAUAACACAGGCCUGUGAUAGACUUAGUGGCACCUUAUUUAACAUGCUUGAGAUUCCUGGCCUGCUGUGGGAAAGAUCAAAUCACAGUAGUAAACCACAACUGCACAAAUCCUUGAUAAACAGGCAAAAACAGCAGGUUCAGUGAUCCUCCAGGGUGGACCAAGAUCCACAGUGCCUGCAUCCCUGCUUAUGUGCUGCUUGGGGGGGGGUCCUGCAGCUGGUGAGGUAAUGAAAAUAAAUUUCCUCUUUGCCUUUCAUCCAUGGUUUUGUGGUUGUUCCUGUGUCCUGCUGUGCUGGCUCAGAGAGCAAGCCACUGUCAUCCUGGCAGUUCCCCCAGGCCUCCCUGCUCCUUCCCAUGUCCCCAGUUUCCAGUGGCACUAAAGCUCUGCCACCAGGGGUUUGCCCAGGCUCGUCCUGAAGGGUCUGGGGAAAGCACCAGUGGAGCCCCAGCUCCUGAGCACCUCUGACCUCUCACACACAGUGAGGCAGGGGCCAGCCCUGCUGUCCCAGGCUCACAGUGGCACCGUGUUCAUCAUCAACACCAAGCACACGGGUGAGUCCCCUCCUGGCAGUCUCACAGGGCUCCUGCACCCUCGGGCGAUGUGCUAUGGCCUCACUGGGCAAUGGGCUCUGCUCUGGGCUCUCCAACCACUUCUGGGGCCACCUGCAGCCCUCAGCCACUGCCGCUGUCCCUGCAGAUGAGCAGACCUUUCUGGCCAACACUGACUGCAGCUGCUCUUACAGAAUCCCAGAUUCAGCUAUGUUGGAGAAGAUGUUGGAGAACAUUGAGUCCAACCUCUGUCCAAACACCACCAUGUCACCCAGACCACAGCACUGAGUGCCACCUCCAGUCUUUUCCUUAAACACCUCCAAGGGCAGUGCCUCCCCCACCUACCUGAGCAGUCUAAUCCAAGGUCUGACCACCCUUUCUGGGAAGAAAUUCCUCCUGAUGUCCAACCUCAACCUUCCCUGGCAGAGGCACAUAAGAGCACACCC